AUGGCCCGGGAGAGGCCGCCUGGCAGGGGCUGUGGCACCCUCCGUCGGUGCCUGCUUGGCGCAGUGCUUGUGCUUGGCCUGCGCCUCUGCGCCAAGCUGCGGAGCCCCGGGCCCGGAGCCCCUCGCCGCAGCGCCGCCCCUGUCUCGGUGCCUCGGCCACCCGUGCCUCACCUGCUGCCCGCGCCCGGGCUGCCGCGUGGCGCCAGCAGGAGACAGGUGACUUACGUGCGCAGCGGGCGCAGAGCGUCGCCGACUGGUGGCGGGCGCGGGAUGCUGGAGCCGAGCUGCUGCGCCCCGCGCGGGCGCCCCAACCCAAAGGGUCCCCGAUGGCACAUUGAGCUGCAGCCUUGGGCCGGCCCUGCCCACUCCCUAGAUGAAGAAGCCGCGAGGUUCCUGAACUACAUCAGCACAACACAGAUUGCGUGCAAUCACAUGAGUACCGACAGCCUGGAGGCUGACUUCAGCCCUACCCAGCAGCCCUGGUCAGUGUGUCUUGAUGAUAGGUUUGGCUUAGCUCGCCAAAUCCAUAACAAGCAGUGCCGCCUCUACUCCUUAGGGCUGGGAAGUGAUAAUACCGGCUUUGAGGUUAGCAUGGCCAAGAAUGGAUGUGAAGUGCAUCGUUUUGAUCCUAGUGUGAAGUCAGCUCACAUCCUGGAGAGCCAACGCCUGUGGUAUCACCGCUUGUCCAUCACCUGGAGGGACCCCCACCCAGCUGUUGCUGUUCAGAAGUCACAUGCCAAUGCCAGAAAGCUGGGAAGUGUUUUGAAUGAAUUUGGGCAUUACAAGAUUGAUGUGCUCAAGGCAGAUCUGGAAAGUGCAGAAUGGAAGGUUCUGGAAAAUCUCAUUCUGGAAAAUGUCAUUGAACAGAUUGGCCAGCUCAUCUUUGAGAUCCAUCUCCACUGGCCCGGGUUUGAGGUUAGUGGCACUGACAGCAGUGUCGUGCGGUUCUGGUACAGUCUCCUCAAAGAGUUAGAACAAAAGGAUUUCAAGCUUUUUCACAGUUACAAAGACUUAACUAAACCUCAGCUAUUCCUGAAGAAAGAGAUCUUCAAUGCAAGUAGCUGCUAUACUCUAAGCUGGGUGAAUACAAGAUGGGGAUAGCAUGCAGGUCCACGUCGAGAAUGCU